AUGACUGAACCACCUCGCCGACUCUCCCCCAUCACCAAUCCCGACGACCUUAAAUUCUACAAAUUUCCAAGACCACUGAAGGAAAUCUUGGAAAACCCGAUCAAUGGCUAUGAGAUGGUAAGUAGCAGAAUCUUUUCUCGUAGCUAUCAAUUCUAAGAGCAUCCAUUCCAGGCAAGAGUAACAUGUCCACACACAAACGAAUCAGCAACCAUGACCGCCGAACUCGCCGGCGCCAUCCUGACAGCAAUCAAAGAAAACUCCGGAGUGAAAAUCCAGCAACCAUCCGACGACGAGGACGAAAAAGACUGGGGAUGUCCAUUGACGAAACCAGACGCAUUCAUCGCAGUCGGGAGAUACAAGAACGUCAUGAAGGAGGAUGAUGAUAUCAUUUCUGGAUGGGCCCAUAUGAACGCAGCCUGUCGAUACGCUAAGAAAUCACGCCAACUUGGAAUUCUGCGACGCGAUGAAGAGGAUCUCGUGGCGGAGAUUAUGGAGGAGCAGACUGGGAGAGUGAUUGAGAGGUUGGAGGUUGAGACGAAGUCGCAUAGAGCGAGGAUUUCGAAUCCGAUUAAGAAUUUUGAGCAGAUGGAGUAUGAGUAUGUGAGGGAGUAUUUGGAGAAUUUUGAAAGGAAGAAGAUGGUUCUUAGUCGGGAUGAGGCUAAGUUGAAGAAGGUUCGGGCUGAUAUAAGGGAGCUUGGGGAGGCGCCGCUGAGAUUUGUUCCUGUUUUUGAGUAUAUCCCUGGAAAUGAAGAGUUUGAGGAAUAA